AUGGAUUUUUUUUAUCCGAUACCAUCAAAAAUAAUAAAGAUAUCUUUGAAAGAUCUUAAAGAUAACAUUAAUAAUUUCGGUACAUAUCAAUUUGAAAAACAAAAUUCCUAUUUUAUUGAUACAAAGAUAUAUUUUGUUUUAUUUCAUAUUAAAGUAACAGAAUCAAUUAGAACACCAUCAAUUGAUACAGCAUACCUAAAGGAAAUAUAUUCAGAUGAAACUCUAUGGAAAGAUGAAGUGGUUACCAUCAAUGAAUGUCUACACAAUUGUUUAGCAAGAUAUACUCUUCAAGAUAUGUGCGUCAACAAGUUAAAAAAUAAAGAUCUACAAAGAUAUUGUUACAAUCUAAUAGAUAUGGCAGAGGCUCAAGGAUCUUUCCUAUGUCAAUACUUUUGUAAAAGAGAUUAUUUUACUGUUAAAGAACCUAUAUUUUAA